AUGAAGCACAGCGUGUGUGAAUGUGCAGGCAAGUUGGCAUCUAAAGAGUGUCUGUCCAAGACAUGCAUCUGUCCCGUGGUCCUGCCAGUCCACACGGCCAAUGGACUGGCCCAGAGGGGGAGGUCUGAGAUUGGGGAGCACACAGAGAUGUUCCAAUGCUGGCUACGGGUCCCAGGGGUAGCGGCAGGGACAAGGACCUGGGUGCACAUUGUCACUGGUGCUGGGUACCUACCCGCCUGCCCUACUCUGUGUCUGGAGCUCUUGGAGACAAGACACACAGCGGUGUAUGGUUCUGUGCAGAGGAGGCUUUUCCUAAGUGAGAGGCACAGCGGGAUCAGCAGACUCAGGUUCCUGGAACAGCUCAUCGUGAGCCCUUUGCCCUCGGCAGAGGGUCCUGGGCUCCCUAAGAUCACAGGACCGGGACAGGCCAUCUAUGCCCUCGUGCCCCCAAGCCCCUACCUUGCGCCCCUCUCCCUGGCCCCUUCUAAGUCACAGGGAUGUGGAGCUAUGGACAUGAAGCAUGAGUGUGUUGACAUCUGGAAAUUCACCGAUCACCUCUGGAUUGCAGCUCCUGAGCUGAAGCCUGGGACUGACCGAAACUCAGGGCGUCUGUGGCCUGAAGAUGGUGUUUCCUGGUAUCACCAGUCCAGACUGCCAGCUCCACUGUCUCAAAGAGUGUACGAAGGCAUUCCUUUGGCGGUACAGGGCAGGGCGUGGUCACUCCUCCUUGACAUGGGCAAAGUCAAGGCUGAGAACCUGGGGAAGUAUAGGGUCAUAAAGGAGAAGGGCAAGAGUUCCUCCAGGAUCAUCGGCCGCAUCAAGCCAGAUGUCAAGCACACCCUCCAGAAGCACGAGAUGUUCAUAGAAGGACUCGGGGUCACGCAGCAGGAAUUAUGUGACAUUCUCGUGGCCCACUCUGCAUAUAACCCUGAGAUAUGCUACCACAGGGACCUGAGCCGCAUCACCGAAAUCCUCCUGUGUCUGCCAGAGGAAGAUGCCUUCUGGGCGCUGACCCAGCUGCUGGCCACAUUCUACAGCCCAAAUACAGCCCCGCUGCAGAAGCUCCUAUCGCACCAGGAGCAGGUGUUGCACAAGUCCUUCCCUAAGAUCAUGAGACACCUGGGCAAGGAAGGGCUGUGCAUUGAGGGUUCCAGGCUGACGAGGCUCCUCCAGUGUUUCGUUGACGGGAAAUCCUUCGGGCUCACCCUGCAACUGUGGGAUGUGCUCAUCUUGGAGGGCGAGAGGGUACUGACGGCCAUGGCGCAUGCAACAUUCAAAAUACACAGGAAACUUUCCUGGAACACAGUCUGGGAAUUUCAGAAGCGGCAGAGCUGGGCCCUGAAGGACAAUGCCGUCCUCAGGAGCCUUCAAGCCUCCAUGAAGGAACUCACAAGGACACACUGGGACCUGCCACCCCCAGGGAGCUUCCUAUCAAACGCACAUUGCUAUACCACAGCCUGGGUCUUGCAAUCCAAGCCUGGCAAGGAUUCCUCCAUGUCAAGGGCCUCAGGUGACUUUCACGCACACCCAAGGACGAGUCCUAGAUGACACCUUCCUGCUCAAAAAAGAAGGAAUGAGGGUCAACGAAUAGCGAGCCAGUCACGGAAAAGGAUAAGAUGUGAGUGUGUGGCCUUCCUGACAGCCAGGCAAGACUUUGGGCACAAAGCUGGGCUGCACCUCUGACCACUGACUCAGACCAGGGACGCCCCCACGCAGGCCGGUCUGCCCUGUCUGUUUUUCUCCCUCCUGCCACCCUCUCUUCCACUGUCUGUGUUAGGAAGGGAGAACCUGCCGGUUUUCAGAAGAAAAUGUAGCUUUGUUAUGACAUAGGAAAGACUGCAAGUUAUUAGGGAAGGAGGAGGAGUCAAACAGCUCCCGAAAAUCAGAGGAAAAAGGAAGGUGUGAGUAUGCUGGUAAUAAAGCCUGGAACCAUAGCACAGUGAUGAGAAUGUUGUUAUUACAAUUUUUGUUUUCAAAGUUAUGGUAAACAAAACAGUCUCUUGAAUUGUCAAAAGAACAGCAAUUUUACACCAUGAAAAGCAUACACACCAAGCCAGAAUAAAUUACACUUGGGUCUAUAUGUUGCAGUGGUGCUGGUGCCGGAGGGAGCAUCCGUGGAGGUUCCAGUGCCUGCCAGGGAGCCCAGACUUACGGAGGGCGCUGGGGAUGGAGCGA